AUGCCUGCCAGACAGCUGCAAGAGCUCCACCUGCCCUUGGUCCUAGAGUAUUCCUCAGACCUCAGUCCACACCCCACAUCUUCCUCAGAGCCCUGCGUCACAUGUCCUACCCCCACAUCUGUUGAACAUGCAGUCAUCCGAGUCAAGAGUUACAACUUGAGUUCCAGAGAGCGGUAUGUUUGUAACUCUGGUUUCAAACGUAAGGCUGGUACAUCCAGCCUGACUGAGUGUGUGUUUAACAAGACCACGAAGAUUGCCUACUGGACAACUCCCAAUCUCAAGUGCAUCAGAGACCCUUCCCUGGCUCACCAAAGGCCAGUGCCACCCUCCACAGUAGUGACGGCAAGGGUGACCCCACAGCCAGAGAGCCCUUCCCCUCCUGGAAAAGGUGCUUAUCCACACAGUUCCAAAGAGGCCACUGUGGCCAUCUCCACGUCUGUCUCAUUGGUGUGUGUAGUAUGUGCAGUGCUCCUGCUGCUGCAUUGCUGCAGAUUAAGGAGAACUUCUCAGCCACCUGCUGUUGAAAUGGAAACCACAGAAGCUAUACCAAUGACUGGGGGCACCAGUGGCAGACACGAAGACACAGAAAACUACCCACCCAACCUCUGAAAUUCAAGGUGGUAGGGGACCAGCCCAACUAAGUCUGGAGGAAAGGAGCCCCCUCUGUUUAGCCAAGGAGGAGACACACAGACUUGGGGUGCCAGGAAAAAGUCAACCAGGAUAACUGCCCAUCCCUGAUGUGAUCUGACUGUAUCUGACCUGAGUACAUCCCUGCCUGAGCCAGUAGUUUCCUGAUUGAUGCCACCCAUCCACCCACCUGCCUCAACUCAGGUACAAGCACCGGCGUCCUAAAGCCCAGGCAGUUGAAGCUCCUCAAAAAGGAUAACUUCAAGCCAGUGUUUUUAUUUCAUUAUGACAUUUAUUCAGGCCACUUUUAUCAGCCUGUUUAUCCAUGCCUUAACCUAACUUGGAGUUCUUUGAGGCUGCCUGUUCCAUAAUGUUCUUUCUGACUUAGGACAUAUCCACAUGGAAGACCUGGACAUUUGAGCUCCUGAAAUUCUGUCUGCAGGUGCUGUGCACACAUUGAAACUGGGCCAAGAAAAGCAGAAGACAUAUUGAGCCUACCGAAUCCUCUUGAUUUGAGGGUUUGGAAGAAAAAAAAAACCUGAACUCAGUGACGUUUCAUGUAUACGUGCACUUAUAUUUAUACUUCUAUUAUAUGUACAUGUUAUGUAUAAUUUGAAUUUUGAAAUUAUGUCUGUACAAAUAAAAUAUCUAUUUUCAAUAGGAAAAAAGAAAUCAGUGAGACACACACACAAAAAGCAAGAAUGCAAAUUUGAAAUGAUUGUAGCACACUUUCUUCCAAAAACAAAACAAAACAAAACAAAACAAAACAAAACAAAACAAAACACCUUUGCCCUAAAUUGGUUCAAUCACAGAUUGGGACUUUCUAACAAAAUUUCCCUAUGAGAAGCAACAUGAUCUAAUGAGAAGCAACAUGAUGUAAGUUCUAGCUUAGCUACAAGUGGGACACACAUUGUCACUUUCCUUCCUAUCUU